AUGAGUGAGCAGGAGGUCACUUUCUCAACUGUGGGAUUUCAUAAGGGAUCAGGGUUGAAGAAGCCAGUGAAGCUUGAGGAGACUCAAGGUCCCAGAGAAGCUGGUCACAGAGAAUAUUCAGUAUCCAGGCACCUCAUAGUGAUAGCUCUUGGAAUCCUCUGUACCCUUCGGCUGAUAUUUUUUGCAGUGUUGGUGACAAACUUUUUUCAGUAUCGUCAUGAAAAACAUGAGCUGCAGGAAACUCUAAACUGCCACCAUAACUGCAGCACCAUGCAAUAUGUCACUGACUUAAGGGAAGAACUGCUGAGAAAUAAGUCUAUACAGUGUGGUCCAGGAAAUGAUCUUCUGGAAUCCCUCAACAGAGCACAUAACACAUGGUACAGUGAAACCAAGACUGCUUCAGCUUCCCAUCAGCACACAGGCAAAAAUGAAACAUACUGGUUCUGCUAUGGAAUAAAAUGUUAUAGUUUCAUCAUGGACAAAAAAACAUGGCGUGGAUGUAAAGAGACCUGCCAGAAUUACAGAUUAUCCCUUCUGAAGAUAGAUGAUGAAGAUGAACUGAAGUUCCUUCAGCCCCAGGUUACUCCUGACAGUUACUGGAUUGGAUUGUUAUAUGAUAAUGAGAAAGCGGAAUGGGCAUGGAUUGACAAAGGCCCAUCUAAACUUGACUUGAACAUAAAGAAGUUCAAACUAAAUGAUGGACGAUGCAUGUUCUUAUCUAAAACAAGACUAGAGAAUAUUAACUGUGAUAAUUUAUACAGCUGUAUUUGUGGGAAACGAUUGAAUAAAUUCCCUGAUUGAUGCUCCAAUGAGUAUUAAAGAUGCCUCUUGCUUGUUGGGCUGGGGUAAGUUUGGAGCAAUAAACUUCUAUUGAACCAGGAGAAAAGAAUAACACUUGCAGAAGGAAAAACAGUUAU